GCCACCCAUUCAUUAAAAACAAGACAAGUCCGGACACACACCGUCCGUCCGACAGCCGGUGGACAAGCUCAGGCUGUUCUGGCCGAACCCAGUGGGUCCUGGAGAAAAACAAAACAAGACAGAGAAGAACUUAAGGAAUAACCUCCGGAGGAUUCAUUUUUAAAGCUGUGAGCGCAUUUCUGGACCAAUAUAGAAAGCGCUCGGACCAGUUUGUGAGCUGCCGUUCCUCGGGAGCAUCGCCCUACCUGUCAGAGGAGGACGCUGGAAGAAAGAAACAUCCUGUCGCUGACAAUGACCUUGGAGGAUGAGCUGACAACGGCCUCGGCGAAGGGAGACACGGCCGAGGUGAAGCGUCUGCUGCUGAAAGGAGCUCCUGUUAACGGCCUUAAUGGGUUUGGGCGAACGGCUCUGCAGGUGAUGAUGAUGGGCAGCUCGCCGGUAGCUCAGCUCCUGCUGGAACACGGAGCGGAUCCAAACGUGGCGGACAGCAGCACCGGGUCCACCCCGCUGCAUGACGCGGCCCGGGCGGGCUUCCUGGACACGGUGCGGCUCCUGGUGGAGGCCGGGGCCAACCUGCAGGCCCGAGACAAAGCGGACUGUCUCCCGAUUGAUUUGGCCAGACAGAGCGGACACAGCGAUGUGGUUUCCUUCCUAGAGACUCUAUAAGCAGUGUUUGCUUUGAUAUUUCUUUAUUUAACUCUGUUGGUUCUGAUUGAGGACCGAAAAUACGGCCCUGAAAAGGCCUUAAUUUAUUUCUUUAUUUAACCAGAUAGGUCUUUUAUUAGACACAUUUAAAAUUAUAUAUUUUACAGUUAUUAAUUUUUAUUUAAGAGGGUGCUAUAAAAUUUUAUAAAUGUCCUUUGCUCUUCUGAAAAAAUUGUCCCUGGACCUUUUUUUUUUUUUGGAACUUGUAGCACUCAGAGCAAAAUAAGAAGACAUGACUUUUUGCACAUGUAAUAAUUAUUUUAAACUAUGCACUAUUAUAAAA